AGUUACGCAUAAGAAGACUUCAGCAAUGAAGCUGUUAAUUUAUGCUGUUCUGUUCUCUUUGGUAAUUUAUGGGAUCGCGACGGAAGAGGAAGAUGAAGAACAGGAUGGUGGCACCGAAUCUCAUCGUGGUGCAGAUACCGCGACACCUGCGCCAAAGGCACCAGAAGGAAAUGGUGAAGAGGAGGAAGGACAGGAAAGAGAAGAAAGAGGAGGUGGGGAGAAAAGUAAGAAGACAGAAGCAUCUACAUCUUUAACGACAUCCACGAAAACUACCACAAUUACUUCAACAACAGCAAGUCCGGCAUCAUCAAACGGGGGCGGAGAUGCUAAGGGAGAGACAAAAGGCAAGGGUAAAGGUAGGACAAAAUUACCCAGAAGAUGCCGUUUGUCACCAGCAAAAACGAAUUGUGUGGGCAAUCAUCGUCUUCGUUUGUGGUUUUACAAUUCAACAUCAGAAGUUUGUGAACGUCACGAUGCGGGAGGAUGUUCGCAACUAGUAGGAGGGUUUCUUUUCUGCCCACAAUGUAUGAGAAGUUGCAACAAGAAAAGAAGUGCAAGAAAAUUUUGCUUGAAGCCUAAAUGAAACAGGAGGAAGUGGCUAACUACGCAUAAAUAAAAGUACUUUUAGUUGUUUCUUUAGGAAAUAUAUUUGUGCAAUAACC